UAUAGGCUGUGUAAGUGAAUCUCGCACGGCGCGAGAUUUAAAAGAAAACGUCACUUCCGAGAACCAUACUCAUGGCGAUAUCGUUGCGUUUUUGGGCCUCAUAUACUGAGGGGCGCGUCAAGCUUCAGCGGCGAUCGGAAAAUUCUGUGAGCAGCGAUCACGUCCUGAAGUUUGUUUUCGACGAAGAAAAUCAGUACAUUACUGGUGUAGUCCAGGCCAGCAUGCGGAAUGUGGCGUAUAAAGUUACAAUUGAAUUAGAUGAUGACACAGUCAAACGAUCGACAUGUGAAUGUGUUAUGAGAGACUACUACUGCCAUCAUGUUGCUGCUGUUCUUCUUUUUGGCUACAAAAAUGUCAGCAAGACUGACAUCAGAUGCAGUUGGCUAAAGCGCCCAAAGUCUCAACCCAAGAAAAUUGAGACAAUUGAUGAAAUGUAUCCAUCGCCAAAUCCAACAUACAGCGCUCCACUGGAUCCUCUCUCCAGAAGUUCCUGUAGAGAAACCACCAGUGCCAUUGGUUGAAGACCUUCUGCUUUCAGAAAGCUUUCUGCAUGCUGAAGACCAGAACAUUUGGCUACGUACACAACUCAAAGUCACGGAGGACAUUAUAAAUACGACAGCUGAAAAAACUAAGGGGCAGAGAAAUAAUGCUGUUUGGGCCAUUGUCAGAAAACUGAGGAUAACAGCCUCCAAUUUUGGACAAGUCUUAAAGGCUGUAAGACGGAAGAGGAUGAGCAAGUCUUUGUUGAAAAGACUGCUCUCUGCAUACAACCUAGAGAGAUGUCCUGCCAUUUCAUGGGGGAUAACGAACGAAAGAGCGGCUAUUGACAGCUACAUACUCUUAGGGGCUUCUGUUGAAGAGACAGGAGUUUGGCUACACGAGUCCGGCGCUAUAGGGGCUUCUCCUGAUGGUAUAGUCACCCAUCAACCCCAUUGUUCAGGACAUACGGGAAUACUUCAUUUCCAGACAGAGGCAGCGAAAUAUCUAGAAGCUGAGCUUAUUGAAGUAAAGUGCCCUUACUCGGCUAAAGACAUGAAGAUAAAAGAUGCAGUUGAAACAGUCCCUGGAUUUUUUCUUGAAACAGCAGACGGGUAUUUGCACCUAAAAGAAGACAGUGAUUAUUACCAUCAAAUUCAAGGGCAGCUUUACAUCACCAAGAAGAAAUGCUGUGAUUUAAUAAUAUGGACACCGACAGAUCUGGCUAUCAUUCGCAUGGUAAAGGACAUAAAUUGGUCAGCGAACAUAGAGAAACUCAUCGAUUUUUAUUUUGAAAAGUUCAUACCAGAAGUCAACAAGAAAUAAAUUGUACAGUUUGAUACCCAUCUGCUGACUGUUUCUGGUGAACUUACUUGUAAGAGUCGUAUUCACCUUUAACAUUUGUAUCAUGAACAAAAUAUUUCAUCAUAUUACUGAAAUUACAUGUUGUUUCUCUAAUAAUAUUCUUUAAACAAGUAUGCCAAAUAUUAAACUGAUUUAAUUUAACUUAUAAUACAUGUACUUGUUAUUUUUUGUAUUGAAUUUUUUCUUUAAAAACACAACUGAGUUAGUAUGAGACAUAUGUAUGAAGUACUGUAUACAGGGUUAUUUUUGCCCCUAGUUAUAUUGACCUUUGAUACUUGC